AUGUAUCUGUUCUCUACCCAGUGCAGUGAUUCACGGAUGUUCUACCAGUUCCGCAACGGAUCGGGUUUGAUCAUAAUGAAUCAAAAUGAAGGGAGAGAAUCGUAUUAUCGUAUGCAUGAUUCCCAAAUUUCUCCAGCAUGGAUGGACCCGGAGAACUCAACGGCUCAUCACGUGCGUCCGAAUCUUACUGAGGGCACUACAUCCAGCCCAAAUCUUGAUGUAAUUACAUCUAGUCCAGAUCUUCAGUGGCUUCUGCAGUCCUCUCUACUUUCCCAAUCAGAGACCAACUUGGGAACAUUUUCCUCAUUCUCACCCACCACCAUGCCCAACUGCCCCUGUUUGUCGCAGUGCUCCAGUCCAGACCCACCCUGUAAUGGAGCAGUGGGGGACAGUUCAGUAGGACAUGCUAACAAACAUAUGUCCUCUGAGGAACUUGACAGGAUAAGGAUCCGCAGGGAAAGGAACAGAAUAGCAGCUGCCAGGUGUCGGGACCGUCGUCGGAUGCUUAUAGACACGUUACAGAAUGAGACGGAUCAUUUGGAACAUGUGAAGACUCAACUGGAUGAAGAGAUCGCUGCUCUUGAAAGGGAGAGAGAGAGGCUGGAGUUGGUUUUUGAGGCACAUAUGCCCAUCUGCAAGUUAAAUGACCUAAACCCAGAAUAA